CCUUUUCUCACUGACUGUCUUCACUCUUUUUUGCAUAUGAAACAAACUCUGCAAAUCUAAGCUCUCUGUUUCCUCUUUUCUUCACUCACUCUCUCUCUCUCUCGCUUUGAUCGAGAAACCUGAAAAACAGUCUAUUCUCCACUCUCCUUAUUUUAAUCUUCGCAUUGUCCGCCAUUCUUCUUCUACUUUUUGUUUUUUGUUCGCUUUUCCCCAGAAGAAUCUCUGUAUGAACUAGGGUUUUUUUGUUGGGUUUUUUCCUCUUCCCGCUUCUUCUUUCUCCAGUUUACUACUUGUCUCACUUAAAUCGAAUCAAUGGGCAGAGAUUUUCUGCUUCUGGGUAUUCUAAUUCUCCUCCUUUCUGGGCUUGUAGCUUCAGCUCCAUCAGCUAAUUCUCCUGCGAAGAUUGUUAGUGGGUUUAUCUCGAAUCACGGCUCUUCCCUCAUGAAAUGGUUAUGGUCACUCAAAACAACCACCAAAACAACAAUCGCAACUAGAUCGAUGGUGAAAUUCGAUAAUGGGUAUACAGUAGAGACGGUGUUCGAUGGAAGCAAACUCGGUAUCGAACCACAUUCGAUCGAGGUUUUGCCCAAUGGCGAGCUGCUUAUCCUUGAUUCUGAGAACAGUAACAUCUACAAGAUAUCUUCCUCUCUUUCACUAUAUAGCAGGCCAAGACUGGUUACUGGCUCCCCUGAAGGAUAUGCAGGUCACGUGGAUGGAAGGUUACGUGAUGCGAGGCUGAACCAUCCUAAGGGGCUUACGGUUGAUGACAGAGGAAACAUAUAUGUGGCUGACACAGUGAAUAAUGCUAUCCGGAAGAUUAGUGAAGGAGGAGUUACAACAAUUGCUGGGGGUAAAACGGUUCGCAAUGGAGGGCAUGUGGAUGGACCGAGCGAAGAUGCAAAGUUUUCCAGUGAUUUUGAUGUUGUUUAUGUUGGAAGCAGUUGUUCCCUGCUUGUUAUUGACAGAGGAAACAGAGCCAUCAGAGAGAUUCAGCUUCAUUUCGAUGACUGUGCUUAUCAGUAUGGAAGCGGGUUUCCUCUUGGCAUUGCGGUUCUCGUAGCUGCAGGUUUCUUUGGUUAUAUGCUGGCUCUGUUGCAACGAAGAGUCGGUUCUAUUGUCUCUUCUCAUAACGAUCAAGAAAUGUUCGAAGCAGAUCCUGAUCAAAAGCCUAUGAAACAUUCCAGACCAUCCCUGAUUCCAACUGGAGACGAGCAGCAAGAGAAACAAGAUGAAAGUUUCCUGGUAUCCCUGGGAAAUCUCGCUUCAAAUGCUUGGGUUUCCGUUUUGGAGAUCCUCAGAAAAAAGCAGUCAGCCACAAACUUUCAACAGUACCAUGGAACAACGAAGCAGUCUGCUGCAUUUAGCACAACAACUCCAUGGCCUAUUCAAGAGAGCUUUGUGAUUCGAGACGAAGACGAACCUCCUCCUGUUGAGCCCAGGAACCCAACUCCAAGAAAGACUUACGCUUUUAUGUCCAAAGACGCAGAGAAAAUGCAGCAGCUGCGUCAGAGCCGUGCAUUCUACAGUAGCUGUGAAUUCCCAAAUCAGCAGCAACAGCAACAACAGCAAAAGCAGCAGCAGAAGCAGCAGCAUCGAAGGCAUUACUCUUCGAUCCCGCAUACGUAUUAUGAGCAGAAUAGUGAGAAGAGUAACGAGAUAGUCUUUGGGGCUGUCCAAGAACAGAGCAGCAAGCGUGCGGCUAAGCCUCUGGAGUCAGGAGAUCAGAUAAAUAAUAAUAAUACUCAACAGAACCUUCACUACAGAGCUCAUUCUGUUAGUUACCCAUAUGGAUACUAUCCAUAUACAUGAAAAGACUCGAUUUUUGAGAAUUUCUGGGAUUACUAGUCUUAAUAAGAUUUGCAGUGAUUUAGAAAUUUUGGGUAUAGGUGGGGUUUUUUGAGAUUUAUUGAGAGGGAAUUGGGGAAUUUGGAGUACUUAGGUGCUCUUGUAUUGUAAGAAAAGUUGCAAACUUUGAUUGUAUUGAGUAAUAUAUAAAUAUAUCUAAAAGAUAUGA